UAGUCAGGUUAUGUAUUGUUUACAAAACUUAAAAGUAAUUUUGGUGGAGUAAUGGCGGGCAAAUAACUGAAUCCAAAGUCCAAUUUCCAUCAUCCAACUUCUAACAACUUCCAUUUUGUCAAAACUUCAACUACCCACGCAGUCCAACCUUUCAAAAUCAUUUCAUUAAUUGCAUUCAUCAAUCUCUAACUAUUUGAUACUCACCUUUAUUAAUCUCUCUUUUAUCUACUUCUGGAGUAAUUUUUAUUCUAUCUACUUCUCCCAAUCACCAUAUUUGUUUAGUUUAUUAUAAGUAUAUCUAAAGAUGGCUGUGUCAGUAUGUCUUGUAUUUUCUCUGUUUCUUCUUUCGCAGCCAUGGACUGCCGUUUCAACCUCUGCUGGCGAUAUACUUGCUCCAAUUCUCUCCCCGAUUUUCGAAGAUGUUUGCCAAGAAGCGAAAUGUGGUCAGGGAAUUUGCAAGCCUUCAGAUAAUAGCACUAUUCCGUUUGAAUGUGAAUGCUCACCUGGGUGGAAGCAAGUACUUACAUCUGAUGACGAUAACUAUUUGAAGUUUCUUCCUUGCGUCAUUCCCAAUUGCACACUCAAUCAUUCUUGUUUAGAAGCGCCACCCCCAAUGCCUGAAAACGACGACCGAAGGAAUGGAUCAAUCUUUGAUGUGUGUCGUUGGGCUGACUGUGGAGCAGGAAAAUGUGAGGCCACGUCUCUCUUCACUCACAAAUGCGAAUGUACCGAGGGUUACCAUAACCUUCUCAACUUAACCUUCUCUCCAUGCUUUAAGGAAUGUUCACUCGGAAUGGACUGUAAGGACAUAGGCUUUGGAAUCAUGAACAGAACUUCCCCACCGUCAAGUUUUUCUGCAGACAAUUCAAACCAAGCAAACUUUAGGUUUGAAGGCAGCUAUCACUGGGUGAUAUUCGCAUUCGCACUACUGGACGUAUAAUUACUAUCCUCAGACAAAAGAAUUCAACUUGUUAGCUUAUUGCAUGAUACCCGGAUAUACUUAGUAGGAAUCGAUACCUGAGGUUCUUAAAUGGAUUAUUUGGAUAAAUUGACACUCUUAUGGCGAUUAGCUAAUAUACCCCAUUGGUUUUGAACUUGAGCAGCUAGCUGUAUUGUAGCAACUUGAUGCUCAAUUGUUCAUUAUGAUUACUACACACUUGUAA